AUGUCUAUUCGAGAAAAUCUUGAUUCUAUUGAAAUACCAUCUGGACGUAUUGAUGCUGAUGAUCAUCUUCUUCAAAGUCAUCUUGAAAAAGGAAGUCGUAAUGAAAUAUAUACAAGUUCAUCUGUUCAAAACGAAAUUAUUGAACUUAUUCAUGAGUAUAUUUUGUCGUCCAUUCUUGGUUGUUUGGGUCCAUCAACACUCUACUCUAUAAUACUCGGUGGACCCCCUGGUUCAUCUAACGUCGAACAACUAUGUGUGCUCAUUCGAUAUGUCAAUCCGGACCCACAUGAAAUUCGUGAAGAUUUUCUUGCUUUUGUGCUGACUACUUCGUCAACUGGUGAAGCUAUUGUCGAUCACAUUUUAUCAAGUUUGAAGCGGUAUCAACUUCCAUCAAACAAUUGUAUUGGACAAGCAUAUGACGGUGCUCCUAGUAUGUCUGGUGUUUUUAAUGGCUGUCACGCUAUUGUUAAACGAUUAUGUCUUGAUGCUGAAUAUAUACAUUGCAGUUCUCAUGCGCUUAAUCUUUCUCUUAUUGAUUCAUGCACAUCUCAUUUUAUUCGAAACAUGUUCGGCAUCAUCAAAUCUGUAAAAAAACGGAUGUAG